ACCUUGAUCCAGUCAGCUGAUCCUGGAUCAGACUACAGGAUAGACCGGGCCCUGAACGAAGCCUGUGAGUCUGUUAUCCAGACGGCCUGCAAACACAUCCGCAGCGGGGACCCCAUGAUCCUGUCUUGUCUGAUGGAGCACCUGUAUACAGAGAAGAUGGUGGAGGACUGUGAACGCAGACUACUGGAGCUACAGUACUUCAUCUCUAGAGACUGGAAACUGGACCCCAUCCUGUAUAAGAAGUGCCAGGGUGACGCUGCCCGGCUGUGCCACACCCACGGCUGGAAUGAGACCAGCGAGCUGAUGCCACCUGGUACCGUGUUCUCGUGUCUCUAUCGCCAUGCCUACCGCACCGAGGAGCAGGGACGACGGCUGUCUCGUGACUGUAAGGUAGAGGUACAGAGGAUCCUCCACCAGAGGGCGCUAGAUGUGAAACUAGACCCUGAUCUCCAGAAGCGCUGUUUGACUGACCUGGGGAAGUGGUGUAGUGACAAGACUGGCACGGGACAGGUAGGUAACACACACACCACACACACACACCACACACACACACACACCACACACACUCUUUGACUGACCUGGGGAAGUGGUGUAGUGACAAGACUGGCACGGGACAGGUAGGU